AGUGAAUACGCAGCUUUAGAUGCAUUUCUAUGUUUUUCUCAAAAUAUAUGGAAAACCACGCUGUAUUUUUCUAAUUUAUUAUUUUAUGAAAGUUUAGUAUUUAUUUAAUGCUCAUUAUAUCAAUUGUUGCAUGAUAAUGGCCGAAACCGAAACUUUAAAUAACGUUAUAACUGUAAUCGACGAUAACACGCGAAAUUAUGAAGAAUUUCUAAGCGUACAGGAUACUGUUUCGGUCCAUUUCCAAAAUGCUACGAAACAACUUUAUGACUUUACAAAAGAACAAACAAAAAGAAAUACAAAUGCACUGCCAGAAUUAUUAACCGAUGGUUUUGAUGAGGAACAAAUUUGGCAACAAUUAGAACUGCAGAACGAAGGGGAAUUAGCACAUUUUUUAAGUGACGUAUCCAAAUUGUUAGCUGGAAACAAAACGCUGACGUUACCUAUUUCUCCUACAAAGCCUGAAUUAAUAGAAAGUAAAGAUGAAGAUGCCAAAGUUGAGGGUAUAUCGAGCAUGGAUCAACAAAAAGAAGAGGAAGAGGAAGAGGAAGAAGAAGAACAACAAGAAUUGAAGAGUAGUUUGAAAAAAGCUAAGAGGAUAAAAGGACAACAUCAAAAGAGGUCUAUCGUAGAUGAUAAAUUUUUUAAACUACAAGAGUUAGAUGAGUAUCUUACUAAAGAAGAAAGAAAAGAAAAACAAAUUAGGAAAGAUGCGGAGGAGUCGGACGAAGACAAAGACGACAAAGGCGACGGAGAAUCUUUAGAUUUAUUUAAUGAUAUUUCAGAGGACGAGGGCGAUUCUUCGAAAGAUGGAAAAUUUAUUAAAUAUGCAGACUUCUUUGAUAAUCCAAAUAGCGAGGAUGAAGGCGAAGACGGUAAAAUAUUUCCCUUUUCUAAUGAUAGGGAUGAAAUCGAUGAAAAAGAAGAUAACGAAUCGUUUGAAAAUAGCGAAUUAGAAGAUGUUGAUGAAGAUGAUACUGAUUUAAAACCUAUUAGUAAAAAAGUUAAGUUCAACUUGACAAAUGAUUCGGAUGAAACCGAUAGCUUAGAAAACAAAAUAGAGAAUAAAGAGAAAAAUGUAGAAACUAAAUCGUCUCUUGAAGCACGUCAAGAACGUUUGCAAACAAGGAUACAACAACUGGAAGAAGAAGCUCUCGCGGAAAAGCCCUGGCAAUUAAAGGGAGAAGUAAACGCUGCCCUCAGACCACCAAACUCUUUAUUAGAGGAGUAUGUGGAGUUUGAUGUUAGCUCCAGACCGCCUCCAAUUAUCACAGAACAAACUACUUUUCAGCUGGAAGAUAUAAUAAAGCAACGAAUAAAGGACAAGGCUUGGGAUGACGUUGAAAAGAAAUUCAAGCCUGUCGAAACACCUUUGGAAUAUAAGAAAAAAUUAAUAUUAAAUCAGGAAAAGAGCAAAGAAAGUUUGUCUCAAAUUUAUGAAAAUGAAUAUCUUAAGCAGAAACAAGCCUUAAAUCCAGAAACUAAAGAAGUCGAAGAAGAAGAACCAAAAGCACACGUUGAAAUUCGUGAAAUGAUGGAAUCCUUAUUCUCAAAAUUGAAUGCAUUAUCUAAUUUCCAUUAUACUCCGAGAUUGGUUCAACCUGAAAUUAAAAUUAUUAGUAACGUUCCUGCCAUCAAUAUGGAAGAAGUUGCCCCAGUAGCGACCAGCGAUGCUACCUUGUUAGCGCCCGAAGAAGUUCAAGCCAAAUCACGAGGCGAUAUCAUUGGUAAAUCGGAGCGAACGAUCACCGACAUGAAACGAGAAAGGAGAAAGAAAAAACUCAAACAAAAGGAACGACAGAAAGAUCGAGAAAGAAAAGAACAAAUAAAUUCAAUGAAACCAAGAAUAGAUAAAAAAUAUAAAAAGAACGUAAACUUGGAAUUGAUGAAAAAAUUAAGCAAAGAUAGGAAUAUUACAACGGCGGAUGAAACAAUGAACAAAGUCGCCAAAUCUUCGAGCGCAUUCUUUAGCCAACUACAGGACCAAGUUAAAAGUCACAUCAAGUCCAAAGUAAAUCCAAUGUCUAAAGACAAAAAUAAAAAAGCAUUGUCUGCUGCCAAAUUAAAAUUGUAAAUUUUUUGUAUAUAAAAUAUAUAUAUGUUUUAUAUUAAAUAGAAUUUUAUUUCUUUUAAUGAAGUUGGUCUAUUUUUGAUCUCGAGUUUUUGACGAUAAGUAUGUGUGUGUAUGUGUGGUCGUUUAGGAUUGAGGAAUAUCUUUCAUGAGUAUGAAUAAGAAAAUUUCAAAUAUUUAGAAAGAUAUCAAUAUUAAAUACAAGAUAUUUAAU